CAAUAGGUAUUACUUUGGAUUCGGAACUGGAAAUUCUUGACCCUACUGAAAACUCUUUAAUUCAAUCGGCAGAAUUGAUGAAAUCAGAUGGGUCUGAAAUUUCGGAUCAAGGUCUUUUAAUUGGGUCAGAAUUAGAAAAUCUUGAUUCUACAAAACUUCCCUUGUUAACUGAACCAGUAGAAUUGGUUACUGGAUUACAUGUUUUUGAGCAACGAUUUCAAGCUCUAUUGGAAACUUACCCUAAUAUUAAUAGAUAUUUGCAAGAUCUGAUUUAUUUAACAUGGCAUUCUUGGGUCCGUGUAUAUAUAAGCCGUAUCUUUAUAGCCGGCAUGCAGUCAACACAACGUGUUGAAUCAAUCAAUGCAAUUAUCCACAAAGCUGUUUCUUCUAGUUCAACUAUGUCAGAUGUAGUUGAAGCUUUGGAUUCCCAAAUGCAAAAAGAGGCAAUAAAUAAAGAUUUUUUGGCAUGGAAAUAUAAAUUAACAACAUAUUAUCAGCCAUUUGUUGUGGAUAAUUUUUUUAGUGAAAUUAAUGCAACAAUAAAAAAAUAUUUUUCAACACGAAUCAUUGCAGAAAUUCACAAACAAAUGUGUGAAUCAGUGCUGUAUAAGUGUGAAAAGUUACUUGUUGAAGAAGCUUUUAAAUUUACCAAAGAUCAGUUAAAUCCAAAUGAACCUUAUGAAAAUCUAACUCCAACUGAUAAUUCGGAAGGUAUCAAAAAUAUUGAAGACUACUACGAUCAUCGGCAAAUAUAUUUCAAGUCGCUAUUAAAUUCAGUUGAGAAAAAUUCGGUUAAAGAAAUAUGGCAAAUUAUUCCUUAUAUAUUACCAAAACCAUUUAUUGAAACAUCAUCAAAAAAUUUGAACCAAGCCGACAAUGUCUUUCAGAAAGCUGAAUUUAUUCCUAAACAUUAUGAUAAUAUUCAAGAAGUUCAGACUCGUCAACAUCUACAAAAAAAAAUAGAAUAUGGUCGACUUAUAGGGCAUUUCAAAAAAGCUUUGAGCUAUUCGCUAAAAGAUAAUGAUCAGAGUGGUCUAGAUGAUAUUAUAUUAGUGUAUAUUUCUGAAAAAGAGGCAAAGCUAAAUAAUGAGAUGCAAUCAGAAAGAGAGAAUGUCCUUAAUGAAAAUAUGAAUUCAGAUAAUGUAAUAAAGUUGUCAGAUGAUCACGUUUACAAUGUGGAUAAUAUUAAAGAUCCAACAAAACAUAAGGGUAAAGGUAGGCCUGCUGGUAAACGAAUUAAGGCUUAUAAUGAGAAGGUAAAAAAAAACAUUUAUGAAGAUCUUGAGAAUCCAGUAAGUAGUAGUAGUGAUAAUACUAGCGGACGUAAGUAUAGAUUGUGCAAUAAGACUGGGCAUUAUGCACCUAGAUGUCCUA